AUGGAUGUUCCAAAUGAAGAAAAGCGUAUUGAGGAAGGUGAAGAAGAUGAUAAUUUGGAGGGAGACAAUGAUGAGAAUCAAGAAAGUAAUUUUGAUGGUUGGCAAAGUGGACCAGAAGAAACACCUGAGGAUGCAAGGAACACAGAAAAUGAAGAAUACAAACCGGUUAACAAUGGCUACGAUUCACCGCUUUCGCCAUUAAUUAUCAGAGAGAAGAUUGAGAGUGUGUUGCAUUUUUCUUCAUUACCUCUGGUAGAAGAUGGUACUCUAGAAUGCCUGCUCUAUCAGUCAUGGCGCACUAAUUAUGAUAGCUCCAUGAGCUCUUCGUUACCUGCGGAUUUCUUUUCAGUAGAACAUAUUCAGCGAAGAGAAAGGGAACUAUACAAUCCAGGAACUCACAUUUUGCAAAAUUUGAUAGACCUGGUAGAAUCUGCAGUCCCAUCGAUUAAACCAAAAUGGAUGCCAUUGGAGGGGGAAAAUGAAAUGCCAGACACUAACUCACUAGCAUCAGUCGGUCAAAUGGGGUUACAAGACAUGACACCACCGAAUGAUAAUUUUGGAAAUAAUUUUAGUUCUGCACCAUUUUCGCCUCCGCAAUUUCCCAAUUACUUACCAGUUGCUUCUGAACAUUCCACCUCAAAUCAUUUGGCUCAGUUUAAUCUAAAUUCAUCACUAUCUGGCACACCACCCGUCACACCUAUUUCACACUUACCGCCAGGCAAUCUACCAUCAGAUUUACAAAACCUUAAACCAUCCUCAUCGGUAAUGAAGUUCUGUGAUUCAUAA